AUGGCGGUAAAGACUCGAAGGGCGGCGACGACUCGCUCUUCCACAGCUCGCCUUCCUGCAAAACAGCCUGGCAUUGCAGCCUUCACGCGGGUAGGCAAAGCCGGGGCACGAACGGUUUCCACGAAGGACACACUUUCUUUAAAGCGAAAGCUCGAGGAGUCGGACGAGAGAGACAGCGACCCAGUACAGGUUUGCCCUUCCGUCGAGGACGAAAAGCCUGCAAAAAGGAGCAAGACCGAAGAUACGUCGACGCUGCAGCAGGAAAAUAUUAUUACAGCAUCUCCAUCCAAUGAUACUUCCAAGCAGAUUGCCGCGGAAUCGUCUGCCUCAUCUGACUCCGGCGAUUCCUCUUCCCAAAGACCUACCGAAUUCUCCGACCUAAUCGAUCUCAAUUCUGCUUUCCUAGGCGCCCUGUCUCUGCAUUUUGCUCACAACGGGGCUCUCGCUCCCGCAAACCUUCGAGAACUCAUUCAGAGCACAGAGCGAAUAUGGAAGAAGCGAAAAGUUGCUCCUCAGGACGUUCGAAGGAUACUGCAUGUCCAAGGAAUUCGUCGACCGUCAUCGUCCACAAAAUCUGCUCCAUCGCGACCACUCACCGAAUUCAAGCUCACCAGCUAUGGAACGAAUACGUUUUUGGAGAAGCUGGAACAUUCAACUUCAGGCGCACCAACCAGCACGUCACCCUUGAAGGACACCGAGCUGAAAGCAGAGUUUUUGGCGAAUCUGGAAUACUACUGGGAUUCGAACGUCAAAAAGGAGGGCGACGAGGAAUCAAGCCGAAACCUACUUGAAAACAUCCCUCUCGCACCAAUACACCCAUCCAAAGGAUCCAUUAAACCGGUUGGGAGUGGAGGCCAAAGGACCAUCGACCAGCUUUUCGGGGUUAUCAAAUCGAAGCCAAUUUUAACCCGUGAGCCAUAUGCGAAGAAACCAGCCCUGUUGAAAGAUUCGGUCUCAACGAGUAACCGUCGAAACGGCCUUUUAGAGCGCAUGAAGGUGAAGGCGCUGCACCAAUCAAAACUUCCUCCGCCUCCUUCAAAGGAGGUUAUGCUCAAAAGGACUGCCGUCAGUCGAAUGCCGGAAGUCAUCAGUGUUCUCCUUUUGCUGUCACUCCCAGGCUCCAAGGUCGAUGACAUAACGGGUACUUCUGCGUCACUGCGGAAGUCAUAUACCAUGGAUCUAAUCACCCAGAAGAUCGAAGAUUCAAUGCGAACUCCUGCAUCAAGGCAAGAGAUUGAGACAUGCAUAGACAUCCUCGGUCAAUCCAGCGUGGCAAAGGAGUGGGUUACGAUAGUCACGACGAGCCAGAUGAAGUCCGUUGUCCUAAGGUCCGAUCGACGUCCUUCACCAGCCGAAAUAAAAAACGAGUCCAUGAACCUGAAGUUUUAG